AUGAGUGACGAAAGUGAUAGCGAUCCAGCAUCAGGGUUAGAUUUAAAAUCAGUGACGAAAAACUUUGCAACAGAUAGAGCAACAAAUUCAAUCAAAAUUCGCCGUUCAAUGCUUGGUCAUUUAUCUAAAUAUGGCACAGAUUCAGAUGUUUCAUCACCAUCAAGUCAAGAAGAUCAGCUUGCCGUAAUAGCAAACAUCGCACAGACUAAAUUUUCGCCUGAAAUCAUUCAAUCUAACUUUGAAUCAGGAAAUGCAGAUUUAACUCAAUUCACAUGUGACUUAGCUUUGUUCAUGAAGAUGCACCCGGAUGUUUCUAUUAUUACAGACCCAGAGCAAGUAGAAUUAAUAGUCAAUGCCCUUGGAUAUUUCACAGAUUCGGUUGGUAUAUCAAAUUUUUUAUACUUAAUCAUCAUCCUUUCUUCGAAAUUCGACAACGAAAUCGUGGAUAGCGGCUUUUUUUUCAUGGUCAGAGACGAAACUUUUCAAAAUUUCCCAAUGGAAGUUCUUGAGUUUUAUCAGACAAUCUCCCUUGAAUCUAAAUACUGCCACAACGCAAUUCUGUGCACAGGAAUACUCUACGAUAUCGUUCAACUUUAUCAAUCGACAUCAGAAGAGAAGAUCAUAAUACAAGCAGCGAAAACAUUCGAAACAAUUAUGUCUAUAUCUACAAAUGAAGAUGCCGACUCAAUACGUGAUUUAAUUCCUGAUAUCGUUAAUAUGUUAUCAAAUCCUUGCGCAGAAGCAGUUACCAACAUACUCCAUGCCAUUGUCGAUCUGUUAAGAAUCUCUACGUCGUUUAUUACCCUAUUUUUCGGAGCAAAAUUACACGAAAUUAUUGCCCAAUUGAUGCCAAUGCCCCAGCUCUCUAAACCCUGCUUGGACAUACUCGGAUCUAUGUGUGUAUGCUCCGACAAGCAGUUUCCGCUGCUCUUUCCCUUAGUUGAGAUCGCAUGUCAGUUAAUCGGGGGUGAUUUCACCGGGGAUGUGUACUGGACACUUAUGAAUGCCUUGGACAGUUGUCCGAUCAUGAUUUUACCGUUCAUCGACAACAAUUUCAUGACAAAUACUGCCCAAAUCCUCAAUAAUUCGGCAUAUUCUGUCAUGAGGGAGGUUGCAUGUUUCGUUGCGACCCUUCUUGUCGUUGCUCCCAUUGCUGAACUCAAAAAUAUUUUAUCUCAUAAUAUUAUUUUGCCGAUUAUUGAUAUGCUUGACUGCGGAGAGCCUCCUCUCAUUCUCCGCUGCUUGGAUGGACUGAAGAAAGUGGUCAUGGCCGCUUACAAUGACACUUCAAUCAUUGAUUCAACUCCAGACUUGUUCCAGAGCGACGAACUCGAGGAAGCACUCGAAAGACUCCACGAAAUAGAAGACCCAAGAAUUAAUUCAAGGGCAAUGCAGCUUAUUUCGGAUCUGGAAACUCUCAAAAAGUCAAAUUAA